GGCGGGGAGAAGGGCAGGCGAGUCGGAGUCAAGUUAAAAGGGGCCCGGAUACUUCCGUUGUUUAAACUUGAAUGCUCGAAAAUGGUCUGAGAAGCAAUAAACAAUCUGCUCCUUUUUCUCCCCCCCCCUCCAGAAAUCCACGGCAAUAUUAAUGCAAGGAGGUGCUUUGGGGACAGUUGGCAGUACAAUGGCUUCUCAGUACCUCGUAGUGGCUCUGGCCAUUUUCUCCUCUUUCACCCAGGUUGUAAUAGAAGCCAGCUCUUGGUGGUCUUUAGGGAUGAAUCCUAUGAACCCCAUGAACCCUGUGCAGAUGUCAGAGGUAUAUAUAAUAGGAGCCCAGCCACUAUGUAGCCAGCUAGCAGGACUUUCCCAAGGACAGAAGAAACUCUGCCAAUUGUAUCAGGACCAUAUGCAGUUCAUUGGAGAGGGUGCAAAGACGGGCAUUAAGGAGUGCCAGUAUCAGUUCAGACAUAGAAGAUGGAAUUGCAGCACUGUGGACAACAACUCUGUUUUUGGCAGAGUCAUGCAGAUAGAUAUGACUGUGUACAACCUGGCCGACGUGGCCUGCAAGUGCCACGGCGUAUCGGGGUCCUGCAGCCUGAAGACCUGUUGGCUGCAGCUUGCCGAUUUCCGCAAGGUGGGCGAUGCCCUGAAGGAGAAAUACGACAGCGCCGCCGCCAUGAAACUCAACAGCCGGGGCAAGCUGGUGCAAGUGAACAGCCGCUUCAACGCGCCCACCAUCCACGACCUGGUCUACAUCGACCCCAGCCCCGACUACUGCGUGCGCAACGAGAGCACCGGCUCCCUGGGCACCCAGGGCCGCCUUUGCAAUAAGACCUCGGAGGGCAUGGACGGCUGCGAACUCAUGUGCUGCGGCCGGGGCUACGACCAGUUCAAGACGGUGCAGCGCGAGCGUUGCCACUGCAAGUUCCACUGGUGCUGCUACGUGAAAUGCAAGUUGUGCACGGAGAUCGUGGACCAGUUCGUGUGCAAAUAGGGCAGGGGCGAGGUGGGAGGAACUGCUGCCGCCUGCCAGCGAGGGGGUGCAGGCCCCUCUCCCCUUCCACAGGACUUUCUCCACUUUAUUUAUAGAGUCCAAGGAGUUACCGUCUUUUUUUUUUUUUUUUUAAAGGGAGGGAGGAUGGAAAAAGAAAAAAAGAGAGAAAAAAAAAAGAAAAAUAUUAAAGGUUGCAAAGAGAAGUGCCUGGAACCCUCUCUGCAUCCAUCCCAGAACUGUGUGUGGCUUAUAUUUUUGGCAAUAAUGGGGGAGAACCUGAGAAUAUUUAUUUUACAAAGUAAAAAAAUUUGACUUUUCUUAAAAACAAUAGAGUAGUUUGAGGGGAAAAUCCAACAUAUCCUAAUUUAGUCCCACGGGACAUAAUACACGUGCAGUAGGCAGAGAAACCAUGUAAUGCGCUUGGGAUGUUAGAACAAUUCAUACGGACGCGAGGAACACGCAGAUCUGCGCAUGACUUCUAGUUGCAGACACUAGAAGUUAUCAGAACAGGGUAUAUAAAGCUGUUCAGUACAUUUAGGCCUCUGUAAAUAAGGGGUGGUGUAUUCACGAGGUUCAUCACAAAGUGCAGUGUCAAUCGCAUAUCUGAAUGUGCCCACUUAAGUACACAAUAUCCUCCGAGGGUAAAGAGCAUAGGAUCAUGAAGGCUUCAGCUGUGCUAGUUGUGAUUCAUUGGGUUUGGUUCCACAACCGAAAAAAAAACCACACAAAAACAAAACGGGGGAAAAAAACUGCCCUGGCUAAUACUAAUACUAAAGGCAUUCUUCAAGGCAGAAUUUGUCCUGAUUAAUUUUUCAACUAUUUGUGAUGUUUGAAUAUCUUGUGCUACAGAGCGCUGAGAGCAAAUGAGGUCUCGACUGCAGUGGUGCCCUGUAGCCUGGCUGGGGAGAAGUUGCACGCUUGCCAGCGGUGACAUUGCGUGCCUGCAAACAGUUUUGCUCUCCCUGCCUGGAAAGCCCAUAGAAAAUAAAAUCCCCAAAUCUGAAAAUGCCUUAAAAAUGGUGUGAUAGUUGGCUACCUUUGGAAACACAGCUUGACAAAUAACUCCUUUAAUUUUAUGAGAAAAUAAAUCAUUAGAUAUCCACUCUUGGAAUGAUUGAUUCCUUUUUUUCCUGCAGAUUUUGGGAAUGCUUUCACUCAAGGAGACAAUAGUUUCAUAUUUUAAUAACAUUAAGUGGCUGUUAUAGUUCAGUGAGAUGUUGCAGCAAUACCAGAUUUAUCAUCCUAUGUCUUUAAUACACAUGCUUUAGAUAAUAUAUUGCAGAUAUACACUACAACUGUUCAGACUAUACUUGAGCAGUUAUAUAUAUAUGGGAAAACUGUGGUCUGCUGGUGUCUGAUAUUUCAAAGCUUUUUGUACAUAUAUAUUUUAAUGAUUUAAAAAAUAAUAAAACUUCUAAAUUACAGGGGCAGUUCAUCCCCCAUUUUCCUUUUCAGAUCUCUUCAGGUUUUUAGAUUGAUUAUAGCCUUUUUGGUGUUUUUAUUUUUUUAAUUUUUUUAAGAAAACUUUUAUAAUUCAAAGGUUUUAAGGAUAAUCACAAAGAAGCAAGCCUCUUCCCAGCCUUAGGACUUUCUUGGGUUGUUGCUGGAGGCAGUACCCUGCACUUGAAUUGAUAGUGGUUUGGAGAUCGCUUCUCUUUCACUUUCCUGUAAGGGCAUUAUUGAUUAUUGCUGAAAGGAGACACCUUACAUCUAAAAUGUGCUGCAUUCGGCCCUUGGUUUUCAUGGUUUGCAAUGGAAAUUGUUGUUUGUUGAACAACGUGCGUUCCCGCAGUGCUGUGUAUUUGCACAGCAUUUGGUCAGUGGUUCAGAUGCCUCUUUCCAACUCACUCCCAUCCAGUAAGUUGAAGACAUUGAUUUUACAGGUAUCAAAUGAAGAAAGUCUCUCACUUUAGCCUAGUUGUACUAAAGCCUUAACUUUUCACGAGCCUAUAAGCUGUAUCCUAAAAGUUCAUCUUGAUCAUUUAUCAGCUUCUUAAAUGGCGCUUUAUUGCUCUUAAUUUAUUGUACAAGGACAUAUUUACCCCUCAUUUUCAGAUGUUUGCAAAGAAUAUCUUUAAAGUAAGACAAAUAAAUAAAGCACUAAUUCAUUGAAUAUGUCACUUUUGGUUUUUAUUAUACAAAAACCAUGGUCAUUUUUUUCAUUUGCUGAAUCACCUUUUACUCCCUUUUAGUGACUUGUGUCUGAGCAGAACUGAGUCUAAUGAUCCUGGCUAUUAAAACACUAUUUAAUGUAAAAUAUUUUACUUGUCAUUCAGAUAUGUAAAUCUUCUAUGUCCUUUCCUCUGUUCUGUACAUUUAAUGUACAUAUUUCUGUCUUGCGUGAUUUGUAUAUUUCACUGGUUUUAAAAAAAAGAAAGGAUUAUGCCAUAAUGGAAGAUAGACUAUAAAAAUAAAACUUUGGUUGUAUAUUG